AUGAUCUUCAACCUGCUACUCUUCGGCGUCGCCAAAGUUUUCCCUCUAACGAAAGCAUCCAUUGGAGUAUCUGGAGUAUUCUGGAUUUUCGGUGGAGUUUCCUUCAUCGCCUGUAUCUUCCUCUGGCUCACCUUGCCUGAAACUAAGGCUCUCACACUAUCGGAGAUUGAAGACUACUUUAAAAAUGAGGGGCUACUAUGGAAACGAACUUCGAGGAAACAGAGAUGGAUAGACAGUGAAGCACAACUCAAACUUUCUGUGGAUAAGCCACAGUGA